AUGAUAGAUCAAGAAAAAUUACAAGAGAUUUUGCUUUCUAAAGAUCAACAAAAAAUUUCUGAUUUUUUGUUAAAAUUGAGAGAUCAACGACGUUUAGAUGAAUUAUUUCAGUCAAUUCUUGAACUUUUUCAAAAAUCUUCUGUCUCCGAAUUUUCAAUUUCCCAAUUAAUUUUGAAUGAAUUUGUUGUGUAUUUUCGUGAACUUAGCCCCCUUGUUUCAUUUGAAUACUCCAAACUUUUAUUACAAUUAUUAAAUUCCUUGGGAAAUGAUAAAAAAAUGUUGAAAAGUCUAGUUGUUGUUCUUCGUUUGUUAAUUGAAAACAUUCCACUUUUGAGUGCCAGGCAGACGCGAGAUUUAAUUAAAAGUGAUCAAAUGAUUGAAAUAUGUUCUCGCUUUUGGAAUUUAGAAGAACAGGGAAUUGCUGCAAACCUUACCUUUUGUUUAUUUCAAAUAAUUAUUUUUGAAUUAAAUUAUUUUCUUAGUGUUAGCACAGAAAAAACUCAAAAACAAUUAAUUAAAGAAUUAACUUUUAUUUGGACGAAAUUAAUUGAAAAAAUAAAUAUUCAGAUUUGUACUGUUAUUUCAUUAAAUAUUGCGUCUACUUUAGAGAAAGCAGAAACAAUUAAUAAUAUUUGUAGAAUUAUAUUUAGACGAAUUCGAAAAAAUUAUUUAUUUGAAAAAUGUACGGAAAUUAUUCAAAAAGAUGUUUGUGUGGAUAAUGGAAAUAAUGAGGAAUUAAAUAUUGAUGAGGCUCAAAAUAAUAUUUUAUGCAGUUACAAUUCUGUGUAUUCCGCGUUUUGGUCAUUCCAUGUUCUGUCCAUUCCUGUUAUGGGUAGAUAGUGUUUUGUCUGUUACGUGUUUUGGUGUAUAGUCUGUAUUUUGGUCGUUCCGUAUUUUGUCUUUUCCAUGUUUUGUCUGACCGUGUUUUGUCGUUCCUUUUUUCGUCCAUUCCGUGUUCAAAUUAUUUAUAAAUAUUUUCCCACUACGUGUAGAGG